CUCGUCUCCCUUUUUCCGCAUCUAUCUACCUUUCAAUCCCCUGGACGAACUCAAACAUGCAUCUCACCACCAUCAUCACCCUGUUCGCCACUGCAAUCGCCGUAAGCGCGACGCCCGUCGAACUAGAGGAGAAGCGUCAACUCGAAGGCGCUCCUCGCGUCUACGCCCGCUUCUUCCGCGACAACGGCUGCGGUCCCACCCCCUGGGCUGAAGACACCGUCUUCUUGCAGUCUGAGACUGUAGGAUUGGCUGGAUGUCAAGAUCUAGAUGUUGGGCCAUUUGCGAGCACCAGCUUUGACAUCAACAACUUCAGCAGGACUGUGAGGUUCUUCAACUUGCCUUGCUCUCAGCUCACAUCUGUUACGAGCGGAAACUUUGUGGACAUCGCACCCGGUCAGGCUCCUAGCUGCCAGAAUCUGGCGAUUCGGUCUUGGAUCACUGUCUAGGUAGUAUUUGGUCGCAAGGCGCUGGAUAUAUGUCUGCUAUGAAGGUCAAAAUAUAACAAUAACAGUGGGUCUGAAGUAUCUGGUCGGGGGACGAGAAUGGAGCGGUUGAGUGACGUGGGGAGAAAUGUGAGAUGAGUCGGGUCCAACACUCCGGUCUCAUCUCGCGGGUGUUCUUUCAUAG